CGUGGCGCUCUGUGACGUCAACAUCAACAUUGCCGUACAAAUUAUCCAGGUGCAGCUGAAUUUUCCAAACUUUCAGUGGAAAUUAAGUGUUUUGCAAAAUAAGGACGGCUCUCGCAAAUUCAGAUCUGCAUUAGCUUGUUUGAAGACAUGAAUUCUUCGUCCGCCGAAAGUUUAUUGAAGCUUUGACCUGCUAAAUUAGUAGCAAAAACACCGGCUUUUGUCUUUGACAGCCAAUUUUUGUGAGACCAAUUUUUUCAGGCCAAUAUAUCAUGCAGAAAUACGAGAAAUUGGAGAAAAUCGGCGAAGGUACUUACGGAACCGUGUUCAAAGCGAAGAAUCGUGAAACACACGAAAUAGUAGCUCUGAAAAGAGUUAGGCUGGACGACGACGACGAGGGUGUGCCUUCGUCCGCCUUGAGGGAGAUUUGUCUGCUGAAGGAGUUGAAGCACAAGAACAUAGUGCGUCUCUACGAUGUUCUGCACAGCGACAAAAAGCUGACUUUGGUCUUCGAGCACUGCGACCAAGACUUGAAAAAGUACUUUGACAGUCUCAACGGAGAAAUCGACCCCGACGUCGUCAAGUCUUUCAUGUAUCAACUUCUCCGAGGACUGGCGUUUUGUCACAGCCACAAUGUCCUGCAUCGCGAUCUCAAACCUCAAAAUUUGCUUAUAAACAAGAACGGUGAAUUGAAGCUGGCUGACUUUGGUCUGGCCCGAGCUUUUGGCAUUCCGGUCAAAUGUUAUUCUGCCGAGGUCGUCACCCUCUGGUACCGUCCACCCGACGUCCUUUUCGGAGCCAAACUCUACACCACGUCCAUCGACAUGUGGUCGGCUGGAUGCAUUUUCGCAGAGCUGGCCAAUGCUGGUCGUCCUUUAUUCCCUGGGUCUGACGUUGAUGAUCAGCUGAAACGGAUCUUCAAGCUGCUUGGCACUCCGACCGAGAGCACCUGGCCAGGAGUAACUCAACUGCCAGACUUCAAAGCAUUCCCAAUCUAUCAUCCUAGCAUGAGCUUUUCACAAGUGGUGCCAAAACUCAGUUCAAAAGGGCGUGAUUUGUUGCAGCAUCUGCUUGUGUGUAAUCCUGCUCUUCGGAUGUCAGCGGAGGAUGCGAUGGCACACCAGUAUUUCAGCGAUCUUAGUUCUGCAAUUAAGAACGACCGAUGUCAAUAGCACGAGUCCCUCCCUGGCCGCAAACGAACUCACUCGCUUGUUUAGCAUUUGUGCCAUCCCGACUUAAAGACAUCUAGUCUAGCUUCGGAAUAGUUUUUAGCCGCAACCACUGCGACAAUUCACCACAUCACAUUAUUUCAUCUUAGGUGGAAGAGACUAAGGUUGUUUUGUUUAUUGUGCUUUCAGAAGAGUUGCACCAAAUUUGUGCAUUAAUUUGCCAUGUUUUGAUAAAUGUUGAUUUUGUAUUUAGCAUGCUUAAACUCUAAGACUAGAUGUUAUCGUAUCAGGUCAUUAAGAAAUGUUAUUCCAAAAUUUUGAUCUUUUUAUGUUCUUGCUGUAGUAUUUUAUUAUAUUAUAUUAAAACUUUACUUAAAUCAAAUGUAAUUUUAAAAUUAUGCAUGGUAGGUAAUGCCAUUGUGGAUGCAUCUGUGGCAAGUUUGUGAUGACUUAAUGUACUCAAUUGAUAUUAGUGUAUAAUAUCCAAUAAAUAUGUUCACCACUUACGGUUAAUUUAAGGGAUUCGAUCAGAGUAAUAACCAACAUUUUUUUAUUAAUUUGUCUGAUGAAGUCUGAAAGACAAUUUUACUUUAUUCUCAAAUAGAGCCAAUUUUGAUUAGGGCCGCCGAGUCACCAAAAAGGCUCGACUGUGGCAGAUUGGGAAAUUUUUCCAGCGGCAUUUUUCAAAAUUGCAAAGUCACAUAAAAACGAAACUAAUGAAGCCACUUUUUUGUAGUUUAUAUAGACAGUUUAAUUUGGCCAGUAAUAAAAUUAGAAAGAGUUAAUUAUUUUGGUGGCUCAAUUCGGUUUUAUAUAAAAACUGCCACAAUUACAAUUCUUCUGAGGCUCACCAAAUGAGAACAUCCUUAAUUUUUAAUACAAACAAACCGUAAAAGUUGCAUAUUCAUUAAAUAUUCUCAAAUGCCGCCGUCCUCCGACUGAUUUUUAGCAAAAGUUUGCGACUGGUACAUUUGAGGUGACUUUCGAGGGAGGAUGCGGUCCACUUGGAAAUCCAUUAGCAGUAUGUUUUUCAUUAAAUAUAUAAAAUAUAAUUUAACUUAAAACUACUACAUAAUGCGAAAAUAAACUUUCA